AUGACAGCGCCUGUAUUACCAAAUCAUUUCAAUGAUUUAUUAGAUAUCUCCGAGGUGCCCACUCCAAAAUGGCAACAAAUUACGCGAGACGAUAGACCAAUCACAAUAGCUAGAUUGAAGUUGCCUCAUCCGCGCGAAAAGCACACGUUCGUACUCAGGAGAUACGAUUGCAAUGGAAUAUCUUUCGGAUCGCUCUUCAAGGCCGCGUUCCCAUACGCUACUGAUGAGGAGGAGAAGAAUGAGUUUGACUACGUGAAGAAAAACUACGAUGUGAUGUUGGUGCCUACUGAGGAGUACAGAGACACGAAGCUUGCUAAGCUCGCUGGAUUUUGGAUUCCAAUUGAAGUUGCUCAGAAACUCGGUAAACGCUACGCUAUGGAGGAUUUCUUAGAAGCGCUUAUUAAAGCAGACAAACCAGACUUGACAGAUUUCAAGAAACGCUCUUCAAACAGACAAGCCUCAGAGGAUGCUAAGAGCUCUCCAGCCAAAGCUCAGGCUUCUUUGGAAUCACCAGCCAAGUCAGCUACAAAGAUACCAACACCAACUAAGAAUCCGGCUCCUAGGAGAUCAGCUAGACAUCAAUCGAGAUCACCAUCACCAUCACCCCUGACUCACAACCUCACCCCAGGCAAGAAGAAGGCAAAGAAGGCACCAAAGGAGGCAGUCAUUGAAGAGAGUCUCGAAGAAACUGUUACCACAAUCCAGCCUCCAUCGCCAAUGAUGCAUCAGUCUUCACCCGUGCAUGAACAGCCAUCCUCUAUGCACGACCAACAACAGCCACAGCAGCAGCAAUCAUCACCAGUACACCACCCAGCACACCAACCAGUGCUUCACCAGUCAUCACCACUCAAAGCUGCUCUCAACGAUGACCAAGUACUUGCUGAUAUCGAAAGGGCAAAGGACUUGGUGGAUGAUAUUAAGCAGUCCAAACAGUUGGCUCAAGGCAGUCCAGUAAAGGUGUCUGGUGAGGAAGUGGAAGUUACUGUUCAACAACCAACCGUCUUUACAAGCACCUCCGAUCAAGGUGAAGGUGAGGGUAAGAGAAAGCGCGAGUUGGAAGAUGAGACUGGAAACGAGAUCAAGGUUGUGUCGUUCGGACAGAACCCACCUGCAAACGCUGAGGAGAUACAAGAAAGACCAAUUGUACAGCGUAGAGGUGUUGCUGCUGCAGUUGGAGCUUUUGCACUUGGUUUCGGUUUUGCAGCCAGCAAUAUCCUUCCAAGGUUCUUGUUUUAA